UUGUAUUGUAGCCUCAGCCUGUACCUGUAGUAUGGUGUUGUAUGUUAUGAUUCACAAAUUUGGAUAUUUUGUGUAUUUUUUAUAAUAAUUAUAAUCAGAAAUUGCGAGGAAUGAAAUGGCCAUGAAGUUUUAUUACAACAAGAUAAUUAUAUUCCUACUACUUUGUUGUUGUUUACGUGAUGUUGGAUCUGAGGUUGUUACAGUUUUUACAACAGCUGCAAUUUUAGGGACUUCAUUUGCAACUGGCAGUUGGUUUGAUACAAUAUCAACUCAUACUGUAUGUCGGUUUAAAGAGUGUUGUAACAAGCAAUACAUACCUUAUGAUAUUAAUAAACUUAGAAUUUCACUUUCCCAACGAAUCUUUGGUCAACCUUUGGUGACAGAAUUACUUAGUAUUUUAAGUGCCCACAAAGGAGCUAUACAUGAUGAAGAUAAGAAAAAUAGAAAAGCUUUAGUUAUAAGUUUACAUGGAUGGUCUGGAGUUGGGAAAAAUUAUGUAACAAAUUUAGUAGCAGAGGCAAUAUAUCUAAAUGGGGUGCAAAGCAAGUUUGUGAAAAUUUUUAUGGGAAAAAAAGACUUUGAUUGUUCAGAUAUAGAAAAGACACAGAAAGAACUAAUUGACACUGUGAAGAAAAUUGUUAAAGAGUGUCCCACGUCAUUAAUUAUUUUUGAUGAAAUUCAUGAAAUGUGUCAUUCGAUAUUAGAUGCGAUAAAACCAAUGCUUGAUCAUCACCACAAAGUAGAUGGAAUUGAUUUCAGGGAUGCCAUAUUUAUAUUUAUUUCAAAUAUAGGAGGCAAAGAAAUAGGCGACAAACUUUUGGAAUUGUAUAGCGAAGGUGUGAAGAGGAGUGAGGUCGAAUUUCAUAAUUUUGAACCUAUGAUAAGAAGGACUGCAUAUAAUACAGGUGGUUUUGAGAGAUCAGCUACAAUAGCUCAACAUUUAAUAGACCAUUAUGUCCCAUUUUUGCCAUUGGAACAACAUCAUGUUGAAAUGUGUGCACAAGCAGAGUUCCGCUACCAUGGGGUUUUAAACCCCAGUGAGGAAAUGAUAGCUGAGGCGUUAUCAGUCAUCACCUAUGGUCCAACGGAGGAACAACCAAUAUUUGCAAAUAAUGGUUGUAAACGAUUUACAAAACAAGUGCCCUAUGUGAUAAGUAAAUAUAAAUUAAAAAGCGAACUUUAACAAUAACAUGAAGAAAGAUAAAUUUUUCAAUGUAUGUCGGAAAUCAUUAGGUACUUUUAGAAAGAAAAUAAACUUACAGAAAAAUGUAAUGUGACUUAAGUGUUGCAUCAGAAAAAAUGUGUACAGAUAUUAAAAUCAUCAAUGAAAGUAUUUAUAUUGUUUUAAUAAAAGUUAAUGUUUGUAUUAAAAAACUUGGAUCAUGAUAAUACUAAAGUUUUAUUUAUUGUAUUUUAAAUUGUGUUUUUAAUGCUCUUCUCUAGUGAUGAUGUUUGUGAUGUCUUUUGUGUAGCUCAUAAGUACCUGAAUGUUUUAAAAACAAACUUAAAUUAAUGUUUUUAAUUUUAACUCGUAUUUUGUAACUAGAGCAUACUCAAUAAAUGUUAAACAUUG